AUGAAAAUUAUAUUUGAUUCUGGAUCAACAAAAUCUUUCAUUAAUCAAAUAGCAUUAAAACGUACUCAACAUUUACCAAUUCAUUUUAAUAAACAACAUUAUAUCAUGGCAGAUGGUUGUACAACAUUUGAAGUUAUUGGUACAGUAAGAAUUUUUAUUGAAUUAAAUUAUAUAAAAACUAACAUAAUAGUUGGUGUUGUUAACUCUUUAUGUAUCAAUUGUAUUCUAGGUAUGGAUUAUAUUACUAAAUAUAAGGUUAAUAUUAAUAAUAAACGAAAACAAGUUCAAGUUUAUACAGCCUCACAAAAAAUUACAAUACCGAUGAAAGAUCAAUCGGAAAAAAUUCGAAUUAUUUGUCGUUUAAUUAUACCACAUUCGUUAGUUUCUAUAAAAAAUCAUACAGCUUUUAUUUCUGUUUAUAAUCCAACACCUAAACCUCGUUAUUUCAAUAAAAAUUUUAUUAUAGGUAUUGUUACACCUUUAUCAUCUAAUAAUAUUUCCACUGCCUUGGAUCCAUAUACAAAUGAUAAAUUCGAUAAUGAUAAAUCAAUCUUAUUAAGUCCAAGUGGCGAACAACAUUUUAACUCUUUAGGUACACAUAUAAAAUGUCAACAGCAGUUAGCUGAAUUAAAGGCUGUUUUAAUUAAACAUUCUUCAUUAUUUGAUACAUCAAAAACAACCAUUGCUGAAACAUCAACACCACAUGUUAUUUGUACUGGUGAUAAUCCACCAACAACAUCUCGAUCAUAUGGGGUUCCGAAAUUUCGCCAAUAUGACUUUCGCCAUUGGCGAAAGUCCACUGUACUUUCACCAAUACAUUCGAUACCCCAUCUCACUUUCGCCAACACAUUCGGUGGAACUUCGCCAAUUGGCGAACGUCCACUGUACUUUCGCCAACACAUUCGGUGGAACUUCGCCAUUGGCGAAUGUCUUAUUGGCGAAAGUCUUAUUGGCGAAAGUCUUAUUGGCGAACAUACCGCCACCCGAUCAUAUCCACAAACUAUCGAUAAACAAAAUGCAACCUUUGAUAUUAUUCAACAAAUGUUAAAGCAUAAACAAAUUCGUGCAUCACAUUCUCAAUACUCAGCACCUGUUCUAUUAAUUAAAAAACAUGAUGGCUCAUAUCGAUUUAUUCUUGAUUAUCGUAAAUUAAAUAAUAUAACUAUUCAAGAUAAUUAUCCAUUGCCUAAUCUUGAACAAGCUAUACAAAUCGUUGGUGGUCAUCAAUAUUAUACAAAAUUAGAUCUUCGUUCUGGGUAUUUUCAAAUACCUAUCCGUGAAGAAGAUAAACAUAAGACGGCUUUCAUUACUGUUCAUGAGCUAUAUGAAUUUAACGUAUUAGCCCAAAGUUUAAAAAACAGGCCACCAUCAUUCCAACGAAUUAUGUCUAAUUUAUUAUUACCAUGCAAAAAAUUUUGUUUAGUUUUUUUGGAUGACAUAUUAAUCUAUUCUGAUUCAUUUGCACAACACCUGGAUCAUUUAAAUCAAGUAUUAGCCAUUCUCAACAAAUAUAAUUUUCAACUUAAUCCACAAAAAUAUGAAGUAGCAAAAACAAGCAUUGAUUAUUUAGGUCAUACAAUUAGUAAUCAAGGUAUUAAACUGUUACAAGAACGUAUUGACAAAAUUUUAGCCAUUCCACAACCAACGACGUUAAAUCAAGCUAAUGCUUUUAUAGGUGCUAUUGGGUGGGUGGGUGGGUGA